GAGUUAACAAACAAAACAAGUAAGAACAAGAGAAAUGGAGUGAAGUUCGUAAGAAGACAUUUGCAUGUUGUUAGGAAUUUUGGACAAUCUCCAUCAUUUCAUUUCAAUUCUCAAAAAUUUUCAUCAUCUUCCCCCCACCACUCUUAUGAAAUUCCAUAGCUUUCACUGAGGAAAUCAAAGAAAAGUGGACUGUUUCUGGACAUACCCUUCUCCUCCAUUAUUGCUCCCACUUUGAGCUCUCAAACUUAGCAAUGUCUUUAAGGGCAUUUCAGUCACUGCCACCGUACCCACCAAAAUGAAAAUGAAAGCAAAGAGCAUUCUCAUUUUGGGGCAUUCCUAGAAUAUCCACGGAUGCAACAAACAAACAGAGCCAUUUGGAAACCCAAUGAAAAUUUUAAAUUAGAAUUGGAAAUGAUGAGGAAGGGCGUGCCUGUUUGAUUACUGAGAAAGCUUUGCAGAGAGACCCACAUGGAGAUACAAUCAUCAAAAAGUGAGAUGAAGGCAAAUCGGUAUUGUGAUAAAGCUUUGUUCGUUGGUUCCCUUGAUGCUUGACACCGGAGCUCUCUUUUUAAUCAUAUUACGCUGUCUUGGUUUCGAAUAAGAGGGAAGCUUUCAGAUUCUCAACUCUGUAAGUUAGCGAAUGAAAUUCAGUGCGUUUGUGUUCGAGUUUUUUAGGUUUUCUUCAUAUGAGGUUACGAAUCUUUUGGUGAUGGUUUGAAUGCUAAGAAUUCUGAAGCAAAUUAGUGGAGAAGUGGCGAAACGAAUACGAAGUGCUAUUGGCUGGAGAUACAUUUCUUCUUCCGUUUCAUCUUUUUUCUGGAUAUAGAUCGUCUGUCGUCUGAUCUGAUCUUCUUAUAUCAGAAAAUUAUGAAUUGGGUGCUUCAAUUUUAGUUUGAGCUGCCAUUUGUGCAUGGGGGUUGUUCGGUUCAAAGCUUGGAGCCUUUGAUUCAGAAAGUUGGAGGCUGUAAGUUUCCAAUAACUUGCUUUUCUCUUUUAUCUUCGAGACAACUUUUUCUUAUCUCGAUAGAUUUUGUGGCUGUCCUGAAGUGCUUUAAAUCUUUUGUUCUUAAUGAUCCAUUUUCCCAUUGUUAAACAAGCUGCUAUAAAGCAAUAAAAAUGGCUGAAAUAAGGUUAGCUAGAUUAGAACAAGGCCAAACCAAGAUUAAAAAUGUGCCAAUUGCUGUAACCCCAGAAGGUUUUUGGUGCUGUCCUUCUCCUGUUGUUUUCCAAAAGACCCUCAAAAGUCAAAAUCCCCUAAACAAGCCCAAACCUGCCUCCCCUCCCUCAAAGAUUCCUGUUGAGAAGAAAUCGAUCCCAGUGACUGAUAGAAAGCCACCGCUUUCGAGAUCAAGGUCGGCUGCUGUUUCUGAUGAUGACCGAAAAGGCAAUGCUGAUGCUUCUGGCUACAGUGCCCCAGAGGUUGUACCCAGGACAUCACGGCCUAAGGUUGAAAAUAUGCCAAGGAAAAUAGCAAUUGAGUUCGGUGAGCCAGGGACAAGUAAUAUAAAGGUCGUUUUACUUGGGAAGCAAGGAUUUUCAGUGAAGUUGAGUGUUCAUAAAAACGUUUUGAUGGAUAAUAGUUCUUUUUUUGCCAAUAAGCUCGCUGAUCAAGAAGGUCCUUCAAUGGAAAUUGGUGAUUGUGAAGAUGUUGAAAUAUAUGUUGAAACCGUGGGAUUGAUGUACUGCAAAGAAAUGAAGCAAUGGCUGAUGAAGCAAAAUGUUUCUCGUGUUCUGCGAAUUCUUAAGGUUGCUGAGUUUCUUGGUUUUAAGUCAUGCAUGCAGUCAUGUCUAGAAUAUUUGGAAGCAGCCCCUUGGGUUGGUGAUGAAGAAGAAGAAAAGGUUGUCACGUCCAUCCUACGACUUCAAAGUGAAGGCAUUGGGGUGAGCCCAGUAUUGAAACGAGUGUCUGCAGACGUGUCUAAGCCCCAUAAAGAUACUCUUUCUCAUAUCAUCGAACUUGUUCUCAGAAGCAAUGAGGAGAGAGGCCGACGUGAAAUGAAACUGGUAGUACUAAAGCUUCUUAGGGAAAACCAGAGUGUAUCGAGCAAUGCGAGUUCAACUGACAUCUGCAAUGAGAUCAUUUACUCUUCUUGUAGAAGCUGUUUGGCGUCGCUAUUGUUCCUGUUCCAGCAGGCGGCUGAAACAGAUUUUACUGACAGAUCAGUGGACAGGAAAGAACCAGUGCUGAAGCAAAUUACUCUAGAGGCCGAUAAUCUCUCGUGGUUGCUCGAGAUAUUAGCUGACAGGCAAGCAGCCGAUGAGUUUGCAGUUAUGUGGUCAAAGCAUCAGGAACUAGCAACCCUCCAUGCGAAGUUGCCUAUUGUCUCUCGCUAUCAUAUUAGCUGCAUAACAGCUAGGCUAUUUGUUGGCAUUGGCAAAGGAGAACUGUUACCAGCAAAGGAUACACGAAAAUUGUUGUUACAUACAUGGUUAGAGCCGUUGAUCAAUGAUUAUAGCUGGUUAAAACACGGUUGCGGUUCAUUUGAUCGAAAGGUCGUGGAAGAAGGAAUUGGUCGGACUAUUCUCACUCUCCCACUGGAGGAUCAGCAAAGCAUUUUGCUGACAUGGUUAGGCAGUUUUCUAAAGGUUGGGGAUAGUUGUCCAAACCUCCAAAGAGCAUUUGAGGUUUGGUGGCGUCGGACAUUCGUUCGACCUUAUGUUGAGACACAAGGAAGCAUUCACCAGCAAGAUUGCUCAAUCACGUCCCAGUUGGAGCCCUGAGGAUAUGCCACUGCCACCAUACUUACAUAAUGGAAUAUAAAUAGAGAAAUGUAAUGCUGAAGCAUUUGCAUUUCUCAGUGAGCAAAAGGUGAACAAAACUGACCAUUUGUCGGGCAUUGUAGGUAGCUGCUGAGUUUAUUGCUUAGUUAUGAUUUAUGUUGAAUGAAUUUCGAGGUCAGUCGAGAACGCUGUUGAUGAAGUGAAUCGCUGCUCUGUUGUGAGUUAAAUUUGUACGUAGUAGUAUAAGGUGGACGUGCAUUGAUACUCUGAAUGCACCUUUUAUUGAAGUGAAAAUCAAAGUGCUGUAUGCUUAUGCUUUUUCUUCUUUAAUGGGAGGUUAUGUUAUUGAAA